ACACACAACCAGCACAACCUCACUUGAGCAGCAGCAGGAAAACUUGGAAUAGCAAAACAUAAUGUCAACGGGAUUACUGGCAGGAAAAGUGGCCUUGGUGACAGGUGCUGGCUCUGGCAUUGGACGUGCCACCUGCCGUCUCUUGGCUCGCGAUGGUGCCAAAGUGAUUGCCGCAGAUCGCAACCUUCAGGCAGCUCAGCAAACUGCCCAGGAAUUGGGCUCCGAUCGCUCUGCCGCCCUGGAAGUGGAUGUUUCCUCAUCGAAGAGUGUCCAAAGUGCUGUGACCGAGGCAUUGAAAGCCUUUCAGGUGGCACCCAGCAUUGUGGUUAAUUCUGCUGGAAUCACCCGUGAUGGUUACCUCCUAAAGAUGCCCGAAAAGGACUACGAUGAUGUGUAUUCGGUGAAUCUAAAGGGUACCUUCUUGGUUACCCAAGCCUUUGCCAAGGCCAUGAUCGAGGGCAAGUUGAGCGGCGGCAGCAUUGUGAAUCUAUCCAGCAUUGUGGCCAAAAUGAACAACAUGGGACAGGCUAACUAUGCGGCCACCAAGGCCGGUGUCAUCUCCUUCACCGAGGUGGCCUCCAAGGAAUUUGGUAAAUUUGGGAUUCGUGUGAACUGCAUCCUUCCCGGUUAUAUAGACACACCCAUGGUGGCCGUGGUACCGGAGGCCAUCAAGCAACAGGUGGUUCAACGUUGCCCACUGGGAAGACUGGGUCAGCCGGAGGAAAUAGCCGAAGUGAUUGCCUUCCUGGCCUCCCCAAAGUCAUCCUAUGUGAAUGGAGCUGCCAUUGAGGUCACCGGUGGACUUAAGUAGAUGUCGUACCGUUGUCCAGUUGGAGCCAGAAAAUUGCAUUUACUUGUUGUCAAGUUAAUAAGCUCAGUGGAUUUUUUUUUCUUGUUGUUUCUAAUUAAUAAAUGUAUAUCGUGCAA